AUGUCUGUUCAACAAUGGGUCACGCCUCUUACGGGUCUGGAUACCCUCGAACGGGCAGAGGCGCCCAUGCCGUCGCCUGGUAAGGGCGAAGUGCUCGUGGAAGUUCACGCGGUUUCGCUCAACUACCGCGACACAGAGGUUGCAAAUGGCGAAUACACACACCACAAAUCCGUCGGCCAGGCCGCCGUCGUCCCCUGCUCGGACAUGUGCGGGGUCAUCACCCAGGUCGGCGACGACAUCAACGCCUGGAAAGUCGGCGAUAAAGUCCUCUCGACAUUCCUCCCCGAGCACCAAACCGGGCAAGUCACGGCUAAGGAGCUCGGGCAAGGUCUGGGAUUGCCAUUGAACGGUGUGCUUACCACCCACCGUGUGUUCCCAGCGUAUGCCCUCGUCAAGGCGCCGAGCUAUUUGUCGGCCGAGGAGGCGUGUACGCUUCCUAUAGCGAGUGUGACUGCUUGGAUGUCGAUUAAUGGGAUGCGACCGAUGGGCCAGAGUGGAGGGAAGGAUGAGUUUGUUUUGCUUCAGGGAACGGGGGGAGUGGCAGUUGCCGGGUUGCAGAUUGCAAAGGCUUCUGGCGCGAAGGUGAUUAUUACCUCCUCAUCCGAUGAAAAGUUGGAACAGGCCAAGCAGCUAGGCGCCGAUUAUACCAUCAACUACCGCACCACCCCCGACUGGGAGAAUGAAGUUAUGAAGAUCACUGACCAGCACGGCGCGGACAUCAUCCUCGAAGUCGGUGGCUCCGAGACUCUCAAGAAGAGCUUCGACAGCAUCGCCUUUGGUGGACUGAUCAACUGCAUUGGCUAUGUCUCCGGCAAGGUGGAUGCCGCGGAUGACCGGACGAAUGUCAACCUGCUCGUCCUGCGCAGAAACCUCACGCUGAAGGGCAUUAUCAACGGACCUAAGGAUCGAUUCGAGGAGAUGGUCGAGUUCUACGAAAAGCACCAGAUCAAGCCGGUUGUGAACCGGGUGUUUUCAUUCGAAGAGGCCAAGGAGGCGUUUAAAUUCCUGGCUAGUGGAGGCCAUUUUGGCAAGGUUGUCAUCCAAGUCAAGGCAUAA